AUGUUCAAAGCCAUACCAUUUCCGCUUCAAGGAACCCCACUGUUCUGUUACAAAUGCAACACGCCCGGUCACUUCAAAGAAGCCUGCGGGUACGGCGAGUUUCGAUGUGGACGUUACUCAAGACAACACAGCACUGCCAGUUGUCAGUCAGGUGACAAGCUCCAGUGUUGCAAUUGCAUGGGGCCCCAUGCAGCCUGGGAUCAUCGCUGCAAAGACAAAAGAUCGCAAGGAGAGCACUCCAAGGCCAGCUACCAUCGCAAAGUUGGCCCUUUCUGGGCGCGCUGGGUGAAUUCCGAGGACCCAUCCUCAGCUUCGAAGAAACAGGCCAAUCCGGUGCCCGAAACCAGCGAGCAGGAGCCUCAGAAACGCCAAAGGGUAUCGAAAACUACUUUCACGAGCACGACUCCCCCCGCGACAAGCGGAGCGAAAAAACAGACAGUCCCCAAGAAGCCGCGAGGCAGGCCUCGCGGCUCCGCUCAUGUAUGUAGGGAUCCACGACAAACCUCGAUCCUGGAGUACCAUCCCCCAGUCACAGCUUCCACAGCCACUGCAAGCAAGCAGGCUGCAAACGAGCCACUCUCUGGCACGCUUGACACAUUGGGAGACACUGGUAUGGUGGACACGGAAUCCGAUGAUUCAUCGGAGGAAGACAUGAGUAUGAUGGACACAGAUGCUGCUGGUUCUCAUGAGAGUGCCGUGGCUCAAGGUCAUAACGGGAAUGGUGGUCCAGUUGCAGAAUCCCAGCCCACCACCGACGCAGACAUGGAUAUGACCGACUACACGAUGGCCGAUUCCCAGGGGAGCGCAGAAUCCCAAGUUCUAGUUUUAGGGUCGGGUUCUAGUACAGCCAACGCUGAGAAGAAGAAGAAGAAGAAGAACUGGUGGAACCGGAGAAAGAAGGCAGGCAAGACGGCUGCUUUGGCAACGGACGAAACCCAGGAACAGGCAGAAGGUAGUGAAGGGACCAAGCCUCAGGCGAAGAACACUUUUAAGGUGAAAGUGCUCAAGGAUCAAGCCCACUGUCCCGGAAACAAUAACGAAAACGACAACAACAUGAAGAAGAAGACGAAGGAGGGCAAGAGUAAGAAUAAGAAUGACGCAAAACGACAGGGUGAGGGGGCUACUACCUCUCAGGGGAACAAGACUGGAUAUAACGGCGAACUUGGCGCCAGUCUCGAUUCAAGCAACGGAGCGAAGGAGGCGGCUCAAGGGACUUUGACUCCCGGUGGCAAGACAGGGCCAGGCAAGGGCAAGGGUAAGGGCAAGGCUCCUAAGGGGGCCAAAAGCCUGGAGAAGGAUGUUGAUAUGGACAUUGAUACAACGACAGACUCGAGAGUCUAG